AAAAAGACCUUCACAAAAGGCCCUAGAUUGAGUGCUUAAGACAGAUGGUUUGUAUCGUGAUUUAUGUCGGUCAUUCAGGGAAACGAGAGACUUAACGAGUUCUCCAUUUCAUAAUAGUUUUAUUGAGGGGUGACCUGGAGUUAUGAUUACGAACUUUAGAUAAUGAACUGUGGAAAUUAUCUUCAUUUUCUACUUGUUAUCUCAUUGUGCCAUACUGUAAUGAAUCAGCUAUACUGUCACCAAAACUCAUGUGAAAUGCCUUCAGUGGAAUAUGUCGUUAGAGUCGAUGGAACGUUCUCGGAUGCUAAGGUAGUCGCUCGACUGCACGACUUGAAGCUAGUUGAUGAAAUGAUUGGAUUUAAAGGAAUGUACAUAAUGCACUCAAAAGUUAGCGCAUUUAAAAGGCGCAAGCGUCGGGCUGUGGUGUCCAUAAGAGGUCCAGGGGUAUGGCUUAUUUUAGGUUUACUCUCCGUAGGUCAAGUGGUUUAUUAAACAAGAAUUUCUUAAACGUACUAAGCGUUCCAGUGUGCCGACCGUAUUUUGGGAUGAUCCGCUGUAUCCUGAUAUGUGGUACCUGGUAAGUAUUCGUGUAUUUUUCAAUCAAGUUGGAAGAGGAACUUCGGUUUUAUAUGUUUUCAAACCCCAUCUCGAAUUGUGCAGAAAUAGCAAACUGAUUGUUCAGUUGGAUCAUCAUCAGGAUUUCAGAGGUGGUUCAUUCAUAUUAAACAGCAAAAUUCUCAUGUUGAUUCUCCAGAUAUCUGGAUGAACGAAAUUAUUCAUCAAUAGGAAAAACUAAGGGAAUCAUUUAAAAUAUACUUUUUCUGUACCAUUAGUUCCAAGGUGGAUAUCAAGUUUUCUUUAUAAAGAAUCAGCUGAAGUAUCAUUAAUAUCUCAUCCAAAUAUCGAUUUAAAUAUCCUAACCCAAGAAAAGUACUUAUAUCUUUGUAUCUUAUGCACAUAUAUUCCCCGUAUUUGGAGCUACAGCUUUCUCCUAUUUACCCAUAAUGCUUCGGUUUUAUUUAUUAACGGACUUUGACUUACUUAAAAUAAGUUCAGUUGUUAAGUUCUGCCGAACAGAGCUAGUAAAGGUAAAGGUUAUGAUAUGAAUGUAUUAGAAGCAUGGGAGUUAGGCUAUACUGGUAAGGGUAUCAAAAUCACCAUUAUGGAUGAUGGAAUAGACUACACCCAUCCGGAUCUGUUGGUAACUUAUGAUCCUAAAGCUAGUAUCGAUAUUAACGGUCAUGAUAAUGAUCCCAUGCCAAACAUACGAAAUCGUGAUAAUAAACACGGGACUCGAUGCGCUGGACAAAUUGCAGCUCAGGGUAAUAACUCUGUAUGUAUUGUCGGUAUCGCUCAUAAUGCACAGAUCGGUGGCAUACGUAUGUUAGAUGGUUACAUAACGGAUAGAGUUGAAGCGGAAACACUACAUUUUCGACAAGAUUACAUUGAUAUUUACUCAGGUAGUUGGGGACCUGAAGACUCAGGGAAAUUAUAUGAAGGUCCCGGUAUACUUGCUCAAUCUGCAUUCCAACAAGGUGUAGUUACGGGUCGAAGGGGUUUCGGUAAUAUUUAUGUAUGGGCAUCAGGUAAUGGUGGUUCACUAGAUGAUUCAUGCGCCUGUGACGGUUAUUCAAGUAGUCCAUUCACUUUAUCUGUCAGCGGUGUUAGUGAGUCAAAUACACGUCCAUGGUAUUUAGAAAAAUGUUCAUCAACUUUAGCUAGUACUUAUAGUAGUGGAAGUCCAAUGGAAAGAAUGAUUUCCACUACUGAUUUGGGUCAUGACUGUACACGUAUGCAUUCCGGUACAUCAGCAUGUGCACCGAUGGCAGCUGGAAUUAUUGCGUUAUUAUUAGAAGCUAAUGGUCGACUUAGCUGGCGUGAUGUUCAAUAUAUUACUUUACUAACAGCUAAUCCGAAACCGUUCAAAGAUGGUAAUUUUACAAAGAAUGCUGUUGGACGUGAAUAUAGCCAAUUGUAUGGAUAUGGUUUAAUGGAUGCUGGUAAAAUGGUCCGACUAGGUGAAUUAUGGCGUGGUGUUCCUGCACAUCAUCGUUGUACUUCAAAUGUGAUAGAUGUACAAAAAAAUCUAGGUGGGAAAUUCAAUCACACAUUAUUUCUUCACUUCUCUGGAUGUCGACCAAAAUCUGGAAAUAGUGACUCAACAAAUAAAUUGAAUAAACGAUCGACUUCAGAAAAUGGUACACCCAUACGUUAUUUAGAACAUGUCCAGGUUUACGCAGAUAUUGUUUAUGAACGUAGAGGAUUAUUACAACUAUCCGUAAUAUCUCCAAGUGGUACGUUAAGUGUACUUCUCCCACCUCGAACUCAUGAUGAACAUUCAGGUGAUAUAGCUAUGCUACGUUGGCCAGUUACAACAGUACAAUUUUGGGGUGAAAAUGCUGUUGGUACAUGGCAGAUACGUUUAGAUAGUAUUUUAGGUACUGAAAUAAGUCGUGCUGAUCCAGAUAAUAUUAAAGGAUUUUGGCGUUCAGUUUGGAUUGUAGCUUAUGGUACAGACGAAUUCCCUAUACGUCUUAAACCUCCUACAUCUGAACGUCCACCACCUCCGGAAUGGUUUAAAUCAUUUUCGAAAUAUGUUGUUGAUGAUCGAGACUGGCAUAAAGUGUAUACAUGUCAUUCUGAAUGCGCACCUGGUGGUUGUACAGGUCCAGCAGCUGAUCAAUGUUUGUCUGGAUGUAAACAUUUCGCCACUGAAAGCCGACAAUGUGUAUCAGUUUGUCCUCUUGGGACCACAGCUUUCGGUGCCUUACGUCUUGGUACUUCGUUGCAUAAUUACGCUCAUUCUAACAAUAAUGAUGAUCAUGACAAUAAUAAUGGUCGUGUUAAACCUGAAACACGUACACGAACUAGUAGUAAUUACCAAUUGGAUAUGUAUGAUAAUGGUAAUAGCUUUAUUAAUACAAACAGUUAUGCUCAUAAUCAUCAAGGAUUUAAAAAUGAAAUGGUUUGUCAACCAUGUUGGUCAUUAUGUUCAGCUUGUAUACGUCCACAUAUUGAAUAUGAUUGUACAGCUUGUCUAAAUCAUCGUUUCUUAGUUCCAUUAUUAACAGCAAAUGACGAAGCUAAAACUGUGUUAUUUUCAUAUACUCAGGAUAAUAAUGAUCAUGGAAAUACAAAAUUGAUCAAUUUUAAUUUACCUCAAAUAAUUGGCACAUGUCGAACUGAAUGUCCAAUAGGUUUUUUUGGUAAUAAGUCGUCUUCAGUAUGUGAAGCGUGUGCGGAAAAUUGUGCACAGUGCACUGGAUCAAAAUCAGAUGAAUGUCUUGAAUGCUAUUCCGGUUUUCGGCUAAUUCAUGGAAAGUGUGUUGAUGGUACAUCAGCUGAUGGUCGCUGUAAAUCGGGACAAUAUUUAAAACAUUCCAAAUGUGUAAAUUGUCAUCCAUCUUGUGAUAAAACAACUUGUAUAACAUCAGAUCAAUGUAUUUGGUGCCCUAUUCACUUACCAAACUUUUUUAAUUCCACCUGUACAAAAUCUUGUCCAGAAGGUUGGUAUUCUGGUGAACAAAUUCAAUCACCAUUUUAUGCAAACAGUGUACAGAAUGAAAUUUUACCACCUAAACAACCAAUACAAAUAUGUGAAGCCUGCUCGCCUGGUUGUCAAAAGUGUAUUAAUUUCAGUGUAUGCGUAGUGUGUUUGCCUGAUUUGAAACUUUACAAUGGCACAUGUAUAUUGUCCUCAGAUGAUAACAAUAAAACUGAUAACUUUUCUUCUAGUAACAGUCAGAUUGGUAACAGGAAAUCACCAAAUCAUUGUGGUUCUGAAUCAUGUUCAACAUGUUAUGGUGGUGUAGAGAAGACUUGUCUUCAAUGUUCACCGAAUUAUCAUUUACUCGAGAUCACACUAUUCAGUAGCUUAAAAAAUAUUGAUUUUCUCAGUGGAAAUCCUAAUAACUUUACACCAUCUUCUUUGUCAUCUAUUUUACUAUCUUCCUCUCCUACAUCAUCAUCAUCAUCGUCCGUAUCAAAGUUUAAUGAAACCAGCAAUACAAAUAAUUCAACAAUAAUAUCCUCAAAUAUACUUGAACUUACUGCAUUAACUACAACAACUAAUUCUGUUAUACUUAAUUCUUUUAAUAAUACAACAACUUCGAAUACAGACCGUUCAACUUUAAAAAUACCCAAUUUGUUUAGUAAAACUAUGAGAAAUCGUCUAGCAUUAACUUCUAGACGUUUUGUACAUAAUAAUAAUACUAAUAAUAAUGAACAUAAUUCUAAUAGUAUUGUUAAUAUACCUCAGCCUAAAUUCAUCUGUGUACAUACAUGUCCUAAUGGUUAUUAUCGUAAAAGUGUUUUGAUUAAUGGUAAUGAAGUUACAAUGUGUUCAAAAUGUCCACCUUCAUGUUCUACUUGUACAGAUAUAACACAUUGUAAUCUAUGUCGACCAGGUUUUUACUUGCAUAAAAAAACGAAUUAUUGUUUAAUGCGUACUACCUGUCGUCUUUCUGAGUACUUUGAUGAAGAUCAAGAUGUAUGUCGACCAUGUGAUUCUAAUUGUCGAACUUGUUCUGGACCUAAUCCAUUUCAAUGUACCAGUUGUAAUAGGAAACCACCAGCUCCACGUUGCUUAUUGACAAAUCAACGUGUUUCAAAAUUACACAGAACUUCUAAAGAUUUAGCCCCAUGGACUGAUUAUUCAAAUGUAGAACCUAAUUCUGGACAAUGUUUACUUUGUUGCCCUUAUCGGCUAGCUUUAACUAGUCGUGAUCCUAGACAAUGCAUGUUUUGUGUUGCUGAUAAACCUAUCUGUUUAAGUGGUGAUGAAAUCGGAGCUGGAGAAGGUGGUUACAUAGUAGAUGUUGAUAAUAAUGACCGAUCCUUAUGGGAAUCGUUCAGUAAACAACCAUAUCGUCUUAUUCUAUUGAUUGGGUGUAUUAUAUUUAUUAUACUGUUAAUUAUAUUCAUCGUAGCUCAUUUUAUAACUGCACGUCGCCGUCGUCAUCGUGGAAGUAAUCAAAUGUAUUCUUGUUGCUUUAAACAAAAAUAUCAUGAAUCGAAUAAACGAACAAAAAAAAUUGUAACAUCUGUUACCAAAAAGCGUAAGGCUCGACAAAUGGCUUCUUUAACUAAUCAUUACAAUUAUUAUCAUGAUCAAUAUUUUAAUAAUCCAACAAUAUUGGAAAGAAAUAAAGUAGAAGGUAAUGGAAGCGAAGAAGAAGAUGAUGAUGAUAAUCCACAAGCAGAACAAAUUUCACUAAAAUGUAAACGUAUUAAAGACAAUAAUAUAAAUAUAGGAUAUAUUGACAAAAAAAUUAAUGAUAUUGAAUUAACUGAUGAUUGUAUUACUACUGUUAGUAAUGGUGGUAGUAAUCAUUUCUAUGUUCCAUCUUAUAAAUCAUCGAAUUGUUCAAAUGGUAAAUUACAUAGUGGACGUGUAUAUCGAUUAAGUAUAGAUGAUUUAGUAGACACACCGCCGACCAGCAUCACUACCACAACAACACCAACAUGUACAUUUAAUACUGCAAAUACGCAUAAUCAUGUACGUUACAGCCAGUUGAGUAGUGGUGUACUACCUAAUGAUGAUGAUGUUGACAAUUAUAGUAACAGUAAUAAUAACACUGAUCCAGAUACAAAUAGUAAUAAUGUAACUGAAUCAUAUGCACUAGAAGAUAACAGCUGAUUAAUACAAUUAAGUAUUGACACCUAGCCGUUAUUUGUUAUUGAUUUAUUAUUAUUAUUGUAUUUCUCUCAAAAAUGAAAGUUUCAUUCAUUCCUGUUACCUUUCAUUUGAAAAAAGACCUUAUUUUUGUCCAUUUAAAGUGUACUUUCUUUCUGUAUGUUCCUCAAUUGCACAAGCACAAGUCAUUAUAAGAUCUCAGUAAAAUUUUAAAAAUAAUAAUAACUGGGCUAGCUUAUUGCCUGUUCUUACAAAUGCGCAUAUACAAAUCAUUCAGUUGAAUUUUUCAAUACAUUGUAUUGUUAGCGUUACAGUUACUACGACUACUACUAAUAAUAAUAAUAGUAAUAAGAGAUAAUGACUAUGAAUUAUUUUUAUGCUGCUAAUUUUUACUUCCCCCCUUUUUUAUAUACAUUUUACUGAAAACAAAUAUAAAGGCCUUAUCUAGAAAGAAAUUAAAACAAUUAAUUCGUACGUUUCACCUACGUGGAUUCACGUAUUAUCCCUAUUAUAUUUUGAAUUCCUUUUUUCCCGCUUUAUUUUAUUUGUAUGUAUGUAUGUAUGUAGAAUUUUUCUGUACAGUGAGAAAUGAUCUGAAUUUUAAGAUCAACAUAACUGUAUGUUGUAUCUGACCAUGCUUUCUCUUUCUCCUUCUCUGUACUAUAUUCAGAAGAUGAGCAUACAUUUAGAAAUAAUUCUAAGGGAAAUAAGCUGUGAUGUUGUGUACACUGUUUUAUCUUCUUUAAUUAUAUUCACUAUUCUAUAUAUAUAUUUUAUUUUCCAGUCAUUAUGUCAAACUAUACUGCUGUUUCACUCUUCAUCAUUUGUUUAUUUUUUCCCUCGUUAGUUUAAAAUAUGUAUACAUGUGUAGGUAAAUCUUACCAUUAAAAAAAAAAACAAAAUUAGAUAAUACUCUUUGUUCGUAUGUUAUUUACAAUUUGCCAACUUAAUACAUUUGUUCAUUGUCUUCCGUAUUGUUCUUUUCUAAUUGUUUUUCCAUACAAGUAAUAUGUGUACUGAUUGCUUCCAUUUAUUGUAAUUUUUAAUAUAAUUAUAAUAAAUUUUAUCACCGCUGCCUCCUGUUGCCACAAUGUAUCACUAUUAUUAUUAUUACUACUACUACUACUACAAAGAGUAGUAGCAUUGUUAAAUUGUCUUUAUUUCAGUUUACGCCCAAUAUUUUUAUUUUGUAUUUUUUACCAAUUUUCUUUUUUUUUAAAUCGUGUUAACUGUGAAAAGCCGAAGUCUCUUGCUCGUACUACUGUUACUUGUGCCUUAUAAAUAUGAAACGAUGUUGCUCAUUAAAAAUUGAGCAUCAGUUGUGUAAAGAAAACUUGUUACAUCUUGUUGAAUUCUUGCACUUUUAACUCAAUGUACUGAUGUUGAUUGUUAAUUUCACUGAUGAUGAUAACCCUACUACUACCUAACAAUACUAGUCCUUUUAUAAAAUAUAUAUUUCCCUUUUUUC